AUGGCCAUCUUGUUCCCCCCAACCCCGAGCAUGAGCGUGGCCAUCUCCCCCCACCAGCAUGACCACGAUCACACCCAUAUUCCCUGCACGAGCGUGACUGUGAUCGCGACCGAUGAUGGGCGUGAUCGCGGGCGUGCUCGGGAGGGGAGUUGGUUUUUCCCUUUCCUGAGCAACUUCUGGCUCUACAAUGUUUCCAUGGAUGGCGUAUAUUUGGAUGAGAAGGGUGACCUGGCAGCUGACUUCGAUAUCGUGAACUGGACCAGGUUUCCCAAUGGUUCCAUCCAUAGAGAGACAAUCGGGAGAAUACGGAGGGGGGCCUCCUUCCUCAGGGAGGUCGUCAUCGAUGGAAACUUCACUGUGUAUUCCAGACUAUUUAACAAGCAUCCUGUGACCUUUGAGGAGGUGUCCGUGCAUUUCUCCGAGGAGGAGUGGGCACUGCAGGAUCCAGGCCAGAGGGCUCUGCACAAGGACAUCAUGGAGGAGAAUUGGAGGAAUCUUGCUUCUCAGGCAGACGGGAGCAAAAACAAUCAAGAAGGAGAACCGCAGAGAAGGCACAAAGCAGAGAAACCAUUUAAAUGUUCAGAGUGUGGAAAAAGCUUCAGCCAGAGAAUGCAUCUUACCAAUCAUCGAAGAAUCCACACGGGGGAGAAACCCUUCACCUGCUCAGAUUGUGGGAAGAGUUUCAACCAGAGCAAUACCCUCAUUUAUCAUCAAAGAAUCCAUACAGGGGAGAAGCCGUUUAAAUGCUCAGAGUGUGGAAAGAGCUUCAGUAGGAGCAGCAUUCUUAUUUAUCAUCAAAGAAUACACACAGGGGAGAAACCAUUUAAAUGUUCCGUGUGUGGAAAGAGCUUUGGCUGCAGCCGUACACUUGGUUUGCAUCACAGAACCCACACCGGUGAGAAGCCCUAUAAAUGUUCAGAGUGUGGGAAAAGCUUCAGCCAGAGUAGUACCCUUACUUCCCAUCAAAGAAUACACACAGGGGAGAAGCCAUAUACUUGCUCAGCGUGUGGAAAGACAUUCAGUCAUAGCAGUAACCUUACUUAUCAUCAGAGAACACACACUGGGGAGAAACCCUUUACAUGCUCAGUAUGUGGGAAGAGUUUCAGUUGUAGCCGAACCCGGGGUUUACACUACAGAACCCAUACAGGGGAGAAGCCAUACGUGUGCCUAGAAUGCGGAAAGAGCUUCAGUCACAGCAGUACCCUAACUAAUCAUGAAAGAAUCCAUACAGGAGAGAAGCCCUAUCAAUGUUCUGAGUGUGGAAAGGGAUUCAGUCAGAGAAGUAGCCUUACUUAUCAUCAAAGAAUCCACAAUGAGAUGCCACCAAAGAAUGCUCAGAGUGUGGAAAGAGCAAUGCUUAAUGAAAGCAAGGAAGAACAGUGUGGUGUAGUGGUCAGAGUGUUGGACUGGGACUGGGGAGACUCGAGUUCUAGUCCCCAGUGAUCCAUGCAGCUCACUUUGGACCAGUCUGACACUCAGCCCAACCUACCUCACAGGGUUGUUGUGAGGAUAAAAUGGAGAGGAGAAACAUUCCACUACCUUGGUCUCCUUGAAGGAAAAGUGGGAUAUAAAUGUAACAUUUACGUAACUCUCCUGUGAAUCCUUUUCCCUAGUGGGAUGAAAUACUUGAGGUGAAGCACAGAUCUUCACAUUUUUGACAACCCAAGUACAGAGAAAUUACAAAUGUUGAGCCUGUAAUACUGUUCUUCAUGAAAACAAUGAGUGAAUGUCAGAAAGAAACUUCAGCAGGUUUUCAAAACAUCUAAAUCCCA